GUGUCGGUGUUUUUAACAUUUAGUUUCCCCCCCAAUGGAUUCGCACUUGAACGCAGCAUUGAGCUGCUUCUUGUGGGAGUGACGAAACUCCGAGAAGACAGCAGCUUGAAAACAAAAAGAGCAGAAGGGUAAAUUUCUCUCCCAGCAGCAGCACUGUUAGUCUCCUCUGGGUGAGUGUCAGGUGGGUGUCAUCUGGUAUCUCGUGGAAAAAGUUCAAGCAUCUUCUAAAAUUACAGCCUCAAAACUCAGGAUGAAUAUUGUGUCCCAGACGUUGGAGACAGAGGAUGACCUCCUGACUUGCCUGCGCGUCAAGCUGUACCAUCCUCAGCAGAAUGUCAAGGGCCUCUAUCAGCUGCUCCCUCUGGGGACCAAGAGCAGACACUCGGCGGAGGUCCCCCUCCGGAUGGGACGCGACGCCCAGUCCUGCGCCCUCGCCCUGGCCGACGCCCGGGUGUCCCGCAAACAGCUGGCCCUGCAUGCCUACCGCACGCCGCGCAGCCCCAACACGCUGUUCGAGAUCCAGAACCUGAGCCAGCGGGGGCGGCUGUCGGUGAACAGCACCGCGCUGGAAUACCUGGAGAGGGCGGAGCUCCCGGAUAAGGCCCUGAUCCGGUUCGGGGAGUACGAAAUUCUGAUCGUCCGGGAGUCCGGUGAGGCCAAGGGGAGCUUUGAGGUGGAGCUGGAGGUGCUGGCGGCUCCUCCGUCCAGGGAGACGUGCGUGUCCAGUGUGGCGCCUGUGAUGGAGGCAGGCUCCAGCUGGAUGGACAAUUUCCAAGGAGGCCCCCUCGAGACGGAUGAGACGACCAUGCUUCAUUCCUGAUGUUGACUCACAUGUGCACUCGUGUGUGGUUGUUACAGCAAGCUUGGAUGAAUCUCUCUUUUUAAUGUGAAAUCAGUUUUAUUUUCCAUAUAUACUGUACAUAUAUAUUACUCCGUCAAAAGAUCAAAAAGCUGUGAUUUUGAUAUUAGAUCAGCUGCUGUUAGUGUUAAACUGUAAUUUCUCAACGCUGUUGGUUUUCAAUUUGAGCACAAUCCAUUUUUUAUUUUGUCAAACUGUUCAUGAGCCAGAUAUACGUUGACAUCCCGGGAACAGGUUUGUGAGGAUUUAUUAGACAAAAGUUGGCAUCAAACCUUUACAUAUUUUAAUAACUAGCCCACUCGUCUGAUUGCAGUGUUGUAAUAUUGUUAUGCGACUAAAGCGUUCUAAUAAAUGUAGUUGAGUAAAAUGCAA